AUGUAUGCCAUCAGCAAAUUCAUCCAGACAGUUCAAAUCUUCUCCCUGCGCACCAACGCCAUUUUGGAAUACUUUCGCAAUGCCCUUCUACUGUCAUGCAUGAUUGUCCUCUUCGUAGAAGGGAUUGCGAGAAGGAAUACACGGCCAAGGAUGCCUGACAGGAUUCCCAUUCCUCGUACUGGGGCUCAGAUGUAUAGGGAAGUUUUGGGCACGCAUGCGAGAUACGAGAUUGAUAUUCUUCCUCCUAUCCCUGAGGAAGAGGGGGAGGAAUGA